AUGGCAGUCAUGAACCUCAGAGGUGACCUCAAUGCUCAUCUGCCCUGCCUCAGUCGUGGCAACGCGCCGUAUGCAGGAGGAGUUGAAAAGGAAAUCCAGGCCAUCAUCACCGCUGCUUCCGCCUUAGGUCUGGCAAUCCGAAACCCUGCAGAGACCAGCACCCUAGAUGCUGGUACUGCCCUGGAUGUCCUGGCCACCAGUCCCUCCGUAGGAGCCUCCGUGUAUGUUCAGCCCAGAGAAGAGCGUACCGUCCCCAGUGACCACAAACAUUUGUUUGCAACCCUUUCGGCGCGGAUAUCCAUUCAGAAGAUAGCUAAGCCUGUCGCUGUUCAGUGGAGCAGAAAAGGCAACUGGGAGGCAGCGAUGUCUCCUUUUCAAGACAUCGCUCUUUAUAUGGCGGCUUGGAUCACAGUGUUGCAGAGAAGCGCGAAUCUCCGAGGAAGCACCGUGGCGAAUAAAUGGAAAGGGUUACGUGCCACCUUCGUCAACCUCGCCUGUUGGUGGAGAACGGCGAUCCUCAUGUUAGCUGGGCACUUAGCUGGUUUAGUUGUUUUCAAGGACAACACCAGGGGUUUGAAUAUGACGCCUUCCACUGCAACUGUCGCGAACUGGCUAGCUGAUGCGUCCGCUACCAACCCUCACCUGUCCGACAUGGAGAAAAGACUGCAAGAAGAAUCAGACCUGUUUGAUUCUUGCUCCCAAGCAAACACCAAAAUCGUACAAAGACAUGCCGCGCUUUGGCACAGCGACCAUGGGCAGGCAGAUGCUUUUCUGUCACGGCUUCUGAACCCUAAGUUCCCUGUCACCUUGGUGCUGCUGAGUGAUGAUGGGGAGGAACUGUCCCAAUCUACGGCCAUUGCCACCCUAACCAAGAACCUCCUGGAUCGCGUGCAGUGUAAGACAAUGGGUGACACCAGCUUUAACUGUAGCAUCGCUGCUGAGGUUGUUAACCACAGGCGUGAGGCACGACAAGAGUUUGCCACUUUGGAAGGAGAUCCCAUCUCUUUGGCUGACGUAGCAGCUGUUGUUUCAGCCUCAGGCUCGCAGAAAACGGCCUUGCGUUUUCCCAGGGCCGCACUCAAAACAAAAGCCGCGCGCUUUCACCUCUUGCUGUGGGCCAUCUGCAACAUCGUCGCAGUAGCAGGAAUUUUACCGGAUUUGUGGCUGCGAGAGAUCUGUCCAGUAGACAAGCGCGGCAUUGGACUCGUGCGUUCCUUGGCACAAAUCAGACCCAUAAGCGUGGUUGAUGACGUCGAAUCAGUUUUGGACGGCGUUUGGCUUCACCAUGUAAGACCGCUCCUAGAAGACUUCAUGACACAGCAGCAAUCAGGCGGCAGAUAUGACCACCUGCUUGUUGUUUUGGGCCUCUUGGUUACGCUUCAGUCGCGGAAGGCGCAAGGCUUAGGCACGCUUUUUCAGGUCAUGGACCUUGAACAAGGAUACGAGUCCAUCUGGAGAGAUGCGGUGCGACACCUCGCAAGGCAAGCCCACCUCACGAGUUGGCAGUGGUUGCUUCUGGAUGCAAUGUUAGGGGAGGAAAAGCUCCGGGUUCGUUUGGGCCCCGUGUUAGGAGCAGUCGUCACCAUUCUGCACACGAGCAUCGGUCAAGGCAAAAGAAGUGGAACCCACCUCUUCGGAACGUUCGCCACUGCCAUCAUCAAAGCGGUUUCGGACAAGCGCAAGGGAGUAGCCAUCACAGUACCUGACCAUGUGGCUCUGGCACUCAGCUGGUGUCGACAAGGCUUCCAUGUGCAGCAGGAGCAAUGCUCUGUAGCAGAGCUUUUCAAGGCAUGGAGCGCUUUGCGCAACCUGCCACCUACUCUCCAGGUAAGCUACGUGGAGUCCACUGCUCAGUCAUUCAUGCCAUACCAACAGUUCGUAGACGACGGCUUCCUUUUGUGCCUGCACUGGAACGACUUAAGCUGCGCGAAUCAGGUUAUUACUGAGGCCUGUCACCUUUGGCGGCACAAGUUUGCCGGCGGCAGGAAGGGCCCUCGCGUGCUGCAGGUCGGGCCCAUGUGUGACUCUCAAAUGAGUCCCCAGAACAUCACUCUGUGCGGCGAGCAGCCUGUCAAAGUUGAACAGGUUAAGGUACUGGGCACCAUCAUUGAUGACCAGCUCACCCUGGAAGCACAGCUUUGUGCAGUCCUGUCAACGCUCCAAAGUGAAGGAAUCCGGCUGGUCACGGGCAUGACGGCAGCCGGCUUUGGACUCCCAGCCAUCGCGUCCCAGUUUUCAACCAGGGUGGUUGCCAAGGCCAUGCACGGGUGCGAACUCUUAGCUUCUCAUUUCGAUGGGUUCACCAAGGUGUCCUCGAGGCUCAAUCACGCUCACUACAUUGUAGCUAAAGCAUGCUUAGGCGUGCCGCCUACCACGUCCUUGGGUAGUUACGUUGCGGCCUUCGCGGAGUGUCGCUUCCUGACGCGAGCCAGCACAAUCCUGGCACAGAGAGUAGUGAUGACCAGAGCGCGCCUUGCGCUGCUCCCCAGAUCUCACCCAACAAGGGUAGCAGUCCGCGCAGCCCAACACUUACCUGCAACUUGGUGGCAGCAUGCACGAGUGCUCAUGCUGUCAAUAAGCUCGGAGUUUUCAGAGAUUUGGGAAUUUGCCGGAGCGUCCGACUUCGACAACCUGACAAAGCAGGAGAAAACCAAACUGCUCCAAGCUUACCGCAACUCUUGCGUCACGCCCCUACUAAGGCUGCUGGAGGAGCAAUGGUUUCAGCAGCAGCUGCAACACAUGAUCUCUGAGGCGAUAGUCCCGUACAACCACUUGGACCACGUGCUGCUGCCCUGGCAGCCAAACGAGAGGUGGCAAACUUGGCCGCCCACCUUCUGGAACAUGGUUCGCAUUUGGAAAGUUGCGCGCAUUGUGUGCGCUUUGCCCAUUUUGACCCACGAGGGGUCAAAGUUUCUGUCGCUUUUGGCCACAUGCCCCUUCUGCGGCCAUGUUGUCGUAGGCAUUCGCCAUUUCGUGGAGCAGUGCGUGCACAUGCAGGACAUCCGAAGCUCUGUGUUUCGCUUGAUGGGUGGAUCGUGCGAACUCAGCAUGAUCCUGUGCCAAUCUUCGGCAUCGGUGGAGAUUUUCACAGCGAAGGUCAAGCUAGUCGCAGGGGCGACCUCGCGAGUAGCGCAGUACCUGCAGUUGGACACAGUUUGA